UUCAAAAAUGUUAUUCACUAAAGACAAAAUAGAUAUUUCCAAUCUAACUUCAGAGACUUUCUUCAAGGAAAACCCACUUGACGAGUUCGAUCUAAAAGGCGAUUUCACUACUAGACUUUCAGAUGCGUUAGACUACGAGGGAUGCCAAGGGAAUUUUAAGAUAUUACUUCAUGAAGAGCAAGAUAAGCCCUCUUGACAAAACCAGCAAAAAGACUGAUAUCUUACUCAUGAAUUGGAUGGCUUUUUGGACAAAUUCAAUAAAAGUUUUGAGGGUUAUGAGCACUUAGGAGGCAUGAACUUCUCAGGCCAGCAAGCUAGUUCAUCCCAAAUGCCUUUCUUUGCUGAAGCAAAAACUUAUAAGGAAGAGAAGAUGGAUGACCAACUAUCAAAUUUGGCUGUGUCAUCCUCCAUAGAUGUUGAGAAACCUCAACAAAAGUCGAGAUGGAACAAGACAAAGGACAAGAUGCUCUUUCAGCUUCUCAGAACUUACAAGAAGCAAGGGGUGACUUCCAUUGAAGAGUUAUAUUCUAUUAAAUCUUAUGAGGAAGCCAGAACUAAUGUAGGACUGAAGUGUCUUCGCAAAGCCAUGAACUGGAAACAAGGUGCUGAAUUCCUUCUUAUGAGGAUAAUCAAGAAGACUAAGAAGCCCUUCUCUAGUAGAGAAACUAAGAUGCUCAAGAAGUUGCUUAAGGAAUGCAAUUAUGAGAAUAUUGACUGAGAGAGCCUAUGAGAACACUUCCCUGGCAAAAGCGUUGGUGAUAUGGAAUUAGCAUGUGAGAAACUUACCAAGAUUAGAAAAGAUAAAUGCCUGACUAAAGUCACUAAGUUGUAAUUUUUAUUUGAGUUUAAAGAAA